AGGGCCGGGCCGGGUCGCACCGGAGCGGUCCCGGUGUGCGGCGGCCGAGCCGCUCCCUCCUUCCCCCAGCUCCGGUGCCGCAGUCUCUCCCGGGGCUCCGUCCGUGCCGGGGCGGGGAUGGAGCUGUUGGACGGCGGCAGCAUCUCGCUGUGGACCGUGGUGGGGGCCGUGCAGGCGCUGGAGCGGAGCGUGGCCGCACACGCGUCCCGCCUGCUCAGCCUGGAGCACCGCGCCGGGAACGCCGAGAAGAAGCACCUGGAACACGAGAAAGGGAUGGGAGAGUUGGGGAACCAGCUGGAGAGCAAGUGGACGGCGCUGGGCAACCUCGUCCAGGAGUACGGGCAGCUCCAGCGGCGCCUGGAGAACAUGGAGAACCUGCUGAAGAACAGGAACUUCUGGGUGCUGCGGCUGCCCCCGGGCGGGGAGGUCCCCAAGGCCCCGACCCUGGUGUUGGAAAACGACGCCACUGGCUUUUCGGCUCAGGAGUGGGAGAACCUGGAGGAGUGGCAGAGGGAGCUGUGCAGGAAGGUGCUGGCAGGGAAGAGCCAAGCCCUGGUCCUGCCAGACGAUGCCAGGUCUGAACCUGCCCUCCUGUCCCGGCUCCAGGGAGGGGAAGUGCCCUGCAGUGAGGACGAGGUGGCUUCCAGAGAGAUCCCAGAGGAUCCAGAUACAGGCCCGGACGGUGCCGGACACGACGCCCAGGCCCCGGCGGACGGCGGGGAGCGGGAGCGGAGUGGGGAUCCCGCGGAGAACGGCGGCGAAGACAGCAUAAUCCAGAUUAAGCAAGAGGAGGAGUUGUGCACUGCGGUUCAGGAGGAGGAGGAGGCUGGAGAAGCUCCUGGAGAGCCCUGCCCAGCAGAGGAAACGUUUUGUGAUCCUGAGGCAUCCAGUCAGACCAGGAAAGGCAACGAGGUGGAUGCCAGGGAGCUGCCAGGCACCCAGGGUGAGGACAUUCCAAGACACCCUGACACAGGAUUUCAGACUUAUGCAAUGGGUGUUUCAUCGUGGAUUAAACAAGAGGAGGAGCCACGCUGCCCUGAACAGCAGCACUUGGAGAAGGAGGAAAUCUCUGCAGAUCCAAGUACAGAUGAAAACACGAAGAGGGACCCUCCAGCAGAUUGCUUUGAGAGCACCACCUGUGACUCAGAGGCACCAGGAAGGCCAGGAGAGAGGUUUCCCAAGGAUCCCAGCCCUGGAGUGACAUGGGACAGUCAGUGGAAUUCAGAAAUGAUGGAAACAAACAGCACUGGGAACGGGAACGGGUACGACCGAGGGUUUGGGGAGCACUUGGAUUUCUUUAGUGCUCAGGAAAAGAGGCCGUGUGUGUCCAAGUGUGAGAGGAACUCCCCGCAGCAGGACCAGCCCCAGGCUCCACAGGGACAAGGGGAGAUGUUUGCAGGCCCCACGUGUGAGAGGGUGUUCCCUCUGCUGCACCCCCAGCUGGGAGAGAAGGGAAUGGGGCCGGGAGCUGCCCCUGCCCCCUGCCAGGGGGGACAGACCCCCGCGGGCACGGCCAGGCUCUGGGACCAGGACCUGGGCGGGGAGGAACCUGCUGAAAACGAGGAGAACUUCCCCAUGGACACCUCUGGAGCCUGCUGGGAUCCCCCCCCAGCCCGGGGCAGCCCUGCCCACCAGCAGCAGAGCCAGGGCCGGGGCAAGUCCUACAUUUGCAGCGACUGUGGGAAGAGCUUCGUCUGCCACUCGUGGCUCGUCAGACACCAGACAACCCACACGGGAGAGAGGCCUUACAAGUGCUCCGAGUGUGACAAAACCUACAGGAGGAAGGAUUACCUCCUCAACCACCAGCGGAGGCACACGGGGGAGGGGCUUUUCCAGUGUCCUCUCUGCAGGAAAAGGUUUGUGCUCAGGAGGAGCCUGGUGAAGCAUCAGGAAAGCCACGUGCAGGAGGCACACCUGCCCCUGGCCAGCUGGCCCUGCACGGACAUCAGGGGCUCCGUGAUGCAUUCCAUAUAAAACACCCCUGCCAGCCCCCUGGGGCAGGGCAGGGCCCCCAGCUCUGCCCCCGGAGCGUGGUGGGGGGAGGAGGCUGUGGAACAGCCCUCCUGAGCCCCUCCCAGGCCGAGGGAGGUGGCUGGGGGUUAUUUUCCACCGGUGCCUGUGGGUCUGGGGAGGUGUGGGAGCUCAGAGGUGCUGCUGGCUGUGAAUCCCCGUGGGAGAGAAACCACGUGGACACGGAAUUUGGGAUGUGUGUUACAAAGAAGAGCUAUCUAACAGAGAGAAAAUGUCUGAAAUUUUAUCCCACAGCUGCUGGGAGUAGUCAGAAGGGCACAGAGCCUGGGAGGCAGCUAAUUCCUGCUGAUAAAUCCCAGAGCUCCUGGGUCUCUCUGUUGCUGAACCCCGGGAUAAGGAUUCCUGAAGGGUGGGAUCCUUACCAGGAUUUGCAAAACCACUGGGGAGCCUGGAACAUGGUUUGAAUUUUGCAUAGCCUUAAAAGUUGUGUUGCAUUUAUUUUCCC